AUGGUGGUUGAGGUCGGUUCUCUGAACCGCAACACGCUGGAACCUUUCAAGACCUGGCACCUCGAGAAUUCAGUAUGCGAGGACGACGGCGAAAUCAACAUCGAUACCCGCCUCUUCUCGCCACAGGCUUUGAGGCAGUGUGCCAAGCAGGAGACCAACUGCCCUUCAACUACAAUUUCCAAACCUAGCUUGCUUCCCCCGAAUCAUCACCGCCUGGGGGAUGGAUCGGAAAGACUUGCAAAAAAGUCCAUUGGGACUGCCCAAACGAACUCAGUGACCUGUUUUCACACCAGUACGCAGGCGGUACCAACUUUCGUCUUCCCCGCCAAGCAGGAGAAAACUAAUUUUGUUUUCUCGAGCCAACCAUCAUUAUUCAAGAGAGAGAAGCGCUGCAGAGCCGAGUCGGACGUCGACGGCCCAUACACAGCCGGACUGAGCUGUAAGAAGCGUCGCCUGAGGCUUCAUCUCAUAACGAGUCGGCUCUCUCAGCCCUACUCGCUACCCGCGACACAUAUCAUCAACCGUGAAGCCAGUCCCUUGGGCGACAAGCGUUUCGUGAAGCUGGCCGCCGUGGCCACCUCGCCCGAUGCCAACAAACAGGGUCUGCUUCGAGAGAGCUCCCUCAUGCUGAGAGCGGCGGUGCUCAAUAGAAUCCGUCUGCGUGUUCGGAAUGAGGCGACACAGCGUGGUGAUUUCGGCGUUGCCGCGACAGCAGCGAACGCAGCCGUGCUUCACCACGGCCAACAGCUGGCCACCGGAGCUAGAUUCGUUUCACAAUCGCCAGCACACACAGAACAAAGACAGCAACCACCACCGGCAAGAGUGGUUUUGAUGCGGCCCGGGGUCUCACCCGGUUGUCCCAACUCAACAAUCGCACUAUCCGCGCAGGCGCAAAGAAGACCCUCACCUCCAUGGACGCCUCAAUCGUCACGAAUACAACCUAAGUCGCCACGGCUACACCCAAGCCGGUCACCAGUCCUAGCUCCUUCAAGCACAAUGCUGGAAGAGAUGGAGGAUGAUGGGCUUCUGGCUUUCCCUACAUCAGCUCACGAGUGUUCCUAUGCUUGGGCCGACGAUGACGAUCUGGAAGAUGUGUACUCUGACUUUGGUGCCAUUUUUGGAGGAUCGGCACAGACUGGUGAGGCCGAGGAAGAUGGCAGCUCCUACGAGGAGUAUCUCGACGAGUUGGAUGGUAUAUCCUGGGUCGGUGGCAGAUAG